AUGGACUGGAAUGGACUCGACGACCCUGAUAAUCCUCGGAACUUUUCACUGGCAAGGCGUUUCAUGGGAAUUGCCAGUGUGACCCUGCUGGCUUUUGUCAGUGCCUUUGCAGGUGCCAUCUAUGCACCCGCACAGACUGCAGUGAUGAAAGUCAUGAACUGCAGCUCUGAGGUCGCCAUGCUCCCACUCGCCCUCUAUAAUCUGGGACUAGCAUUUGGGCCAAUUGUUGGGGCACCCCUAUCUGAAACUUAUGGUCGCAAAGCCGUAUAUCUUGCGACUACUCCGAUUUUCAUGUUGUUCCUGAUAGGUGGCGCCGUGUCCAAGACUAUAUCGGCCCUAACGCUGUGUCGUUUCUUUGCCGCUGUCUUUGGGUCAUCAAACAUUAGCAACGCCUCGGCAACCAUUCUGGACUAUACUCACGACAGCGAACGUGGCACCGUCCUCGCUAUUUACUAUGCAAGCCCAACUGUUGCUGCAACCCUGGCACCUCUCGUUGGGGGACUUGUCAUGAUUCAGACUGGAGAGUGGAGCUGGACACAAUGGGCACCGGUAAUUCUCGCGGCAGCUUUCUAUUCCCCCUUGAUCUUCACCAGGGAGACCUAUAAAGCGGUUAUCCUACGACGUCGGGCGAUGCCACUGGGUGCGGCCGAUGUAAACCAUACAAUUAUUGGCGCUGCAUUUCGGAACAUCUUUAUUACUUUAAUCCAGCGGCCUAUUCACAUGCUCCUGACCGAACCGAUAGUGACAUUCGUCAGUCUCUAUAACGGGUUCCUUUUUGGUCUGUUGUAUGCAUUCGUGAUUUCUGUUCCUUGGGUUUUCGAGAAGUACUAUGGGUUCGAUAAGACCGCCCAAGCCCUUUCGUAUCUUGGUGUGACCGUGGGCAAUAUGGUUGCUAUUAUACCCCACGCUCUGAUAGAUCGGUACUUCUUCUUGCCGCGGCUGCAGUCGUGGAAACAAGUCCACGAACCGAGUCUCAAAAUGCCUCCGGAGUCUCGUCUUGUAUCAGCGUUGGGAGGCAGCCUGCUACUUCCACCAUCGUUACUCAUUCUUAGUUGGACUGCAAACUUCCAAGUCCAUUGGAUGGUACCCAUAGUAUUCCAAGGCUUUUCGGUGUUUUCCUGCUUGCUGGUGUAUUCCGGGACGAACCUUUACAUGAUGGACACUUACGGUCCACUUUAUGGUGCAUCCGCCUCGGGCGCAAUGAUGUUCAGUAGAUACAUACUUAGCUGCGCGUUUCCAAUGUUCACUCUCCAGAUGUUCGAAGGGCUUGGUGAAGGCUGGGCAACCACUCUUUUGGCUGCUUUGACGCUUCUCAUGGCUCCUAUUCCUUGGGUCUUUUGGAUUUAUGGAUCGCAGAUUAGGAAGGCGAGCAAGUAUGAGACUACCCUAUGA